GUUACGUCACACUGAGACACGUCAUCAGUCACAACAAACAUGGCGGAUGCCAGUGCAUCUAUGACUCCGGUGACAAUUUCACUGAUAGGUUUCACAUUACUGGCAGGGUUUUACCUGACCACUUUAAGUUUACGAUGGACACUGGUCUCCGUUACUGUUACUGCCGUGUUGGUGACCCAGUUAUUGCUGAAGUUACGGAGAAGAGAUGCGUUGACGGAGCGGCGUGUAUGUGUGCUGGUUCUGGGGGAUAUCGGACGCAGCCCUCGCAUGCAGUACCAUGCCCUUUCGCUCAGCAAACACGGCUACAGCGUAACGUUUGUUGGAUUCUCUGGUACCAAGCCUCAUCAGGAUGUGAUUGGAGAUGAGAGGAUCACAAUCAUCCCAAUCACAGAAGUUAAAGGACUCCAAGUGGGUCCUAGGAUGGUGAGCUAUGUUACCAAGGUGAUUCUCCAGUCCCUGCAGCUUCUCCUGGUGUUAUUGAAGACUGACGUCCAGUCCCAUAUUCUCAUGCAGAAUCCUCCAGGACUGCCCAGUAUAGUGGUGACAUGGCUGGUGUGUGGUCUGAGAGGAACCAGGUUCAUCAUUGACUGGCACAACUACGGCUACACCAUCAUGGCCCUCUCACACGGCCCAGACCACCCCAUCGUCAGGCUGGCACAGUGGUAUGAGCAGUUGUUUGGGCGAUUCUCCAGCCAUAACCUUUGUGUCACCAACGCUAUGAAGGAAGACCUUCAGAACAACUGGAACAUCGAGGCGACCACAUUGUAUGACAAGCCACCUGCUAUCUUCAAGGAGACUUCAGUAGACCUAAAGCACCAGCUGUUCAUGAGGCUGGCCAAGACUAUCCCUCAGUUCCAGGUCUGUGGUGAGCGCCCUGGUGGUGAGACAGAGAGAACAGCGUUUACAGGUCGUGACCCCAGUGACCUUUCUGUGACCUUGACCUCAGGUCGACCUGCCCUACUGAUCAGCAGCACCAGCUGGACUGAGGAUGAGGACUUCUCCAUUCUGCUGAAGGCUCUGGAAGACUACGAGGGGUUUGUGAAAGCAGGAGCCUCUCUUCCCUCGCUGGUCUGUGUCAUCACAGGUAACUAUAGUGUUGACAGUAUACUGCUGCCAGUCUGUGUGGUCACAGGUAACUAUAGUGUUGACAGUAUACUGCUGCCAGUCUGUGUGGUCACAGGUAACUAUAGUGUUGACGGUAUACUGCUGCCAGUCUGUGUGGUCUGUGUGGUCACAGGUAACUAUAGUGUUGACGGUACACUGCUGCCAGUCUGUGUGGUCACAGGUAACUAUAGUGUUGACAGUAUACUGCUGCCAGUCUGUGUGGUCACAGGUAACUAUAGUGUUGACAGUAUACUGCUGCCAGUCUGUGUGGUCACAGGUAACUAUAGUGUUGACAGUAUACUGCUGCCAGUCUGUGUCAUCACAGGUAACUAUAGUGUUGACAGUAUACUGCAGCCGGUCUGUGUGGUCACAGGUAACUAUAGUGUUGAGAGUAUACUGCUGCCAGUCUGUGUGGUCACAGGUAACUAUAGUGUUGACAGUAUACUGCUGCCAGUCUGUGUGGUCACAGGUAACUAUAGUGUUGACAGUAUACUGCUGCCAGUCUGUGUGGUCACAGGUAACUAUAGUGUUGACAGUAUACUGCUGCCAGUCUGUGUGGUCACAGGUAACUAUAGUGUUGACGGUAUACUGCUGCCAGUCUGUGUGGUCACAGGUAACUAUAGUGUUGACGGUACACUGCUGCCAGUCUGUGUGGUCACAGGUAACUAUAGUGUUGACAGUAUACUGCUGCCAGUCUGUGUGGUCACAGGUAACUAUAGUGUUGACAGUAUACUGCUGCCAGUCUGUGUGGUCACAGGUAACUAUAGUGUUGACAGUAUACUGCUGCUGGUCUGUGUGGUCACAGGUAACUAUAGUGUUGACAGUAUACUGCUGCCAGUCUGUGUGGUCACAGGUAACUAUAGUGUUGACAGUAUACUGCUGCCAGUCUGUGUGGUCACAGGUAACUAUAGUGUUGACAGUAUACUGCUGCUGGUCUGUGUGGUCACAGGUAACUAUAGUGUUGACAGUAUACUGCUGCCAGUCUGUGUGGUCACAGGUAACUAUAGUGUUGACAGUAUACUGCUGCCAGUCUGUGUGGUCACAGGUAACUAUAGUGUUGACGGUAUACUGCUGCCAGUCUGUGUGGUCUGUGUGGUCACAGGUAACUAUAGUGUUGACGGUACACUGCUGCCAGUCUGUGUGGUCACAGGUAACUAUAGUGUUGACAGUGUACUGCUGCCAGUCUGUGUGGUCACAGGUAACUAUAGUGUUGACAGUAUACUGCUGCCAGUCUGUGUGGUCACAGGUAACUAUAGUGUUGACAGUAUACUGCUGCCAGUCUGUGUGGUCACAGGUAACUAUAGUGUUGACAGUAUACUGCUGCCAGUCUGUGUGGUCACAGGUAACUAUAGUGUUGACAGUAUACUGCUGCCGGUAUGUGUGGUCACAGGUAACUAUAGUGUUGACAGUAUACUGCUGCCAGUCUGUGUGGUCACAGGUAACUAUAGUGUUGACAGUAUACUGCUGCCAGUCUGUGUGGUCACAGGUAACUAUAGUGUUGACAGUAUACUGCUGCCAGUCUGUGUGGUCACAGGUAACUAUAGUGUUGACAGUAUACUGCUGCCAGUCUGUGUGGUCACAGGUAACUAUAGUGUUGACAGUAUACUGCUGCCAGUCUGUGUGGUCACAGGUAACUAUAGUGUUGACAGUAUACUGCUGCUGGUCUGUGUGGUCACAGGUAACUAUAGUGUUGACAUUAUACUGCUGCCAGUCUGUGUGGUCACAGGUAACUAUAGUGUUGACAGUAUACUGCUGCCAGUCUGUGUGGUCACAGGUAACUAUAGUGUUGACAGUAUACUGCUGCCAGUCUGUGUGGUCACAGGUAACUAUAGUGUUGACAGUAUACUGCUGCAGGUCUGUGUGGUCACAGGUAACUAAAGUGUUGACAGUAUACUGCUGCCAGUCUGUGUGGUCACAGGUAACUAUAGUGUUGACAGUAUACUGCUGCAAGUCUGUGUGGUCACAGGUAACUAUAGUGUUGACAGUAUACUGCUGCCAGUCUGUGUGG